AUGCAUAUCACCCUGAAUCGAUCAAUAUCCGAAUCGGAUCAAACCAUGGUGUUAACAGCCACCGAUCCUGAUCAGGGAAUGAAUGGCCGUGUCCGAUACAGUAUCCUCGACACGGAUGUCUUAGCUAUUGAUCCCGAUACUGGUCGACUGAGUCCGCUCAAGGAGGUUAGCCCUUAUCUGACGGUCAGACUUGAACGGAUCAAACUCACUUCCCGGUUUCAGCUUGACUGUUCCCUUGGCUCAGAAAUUCGCUUCAAAGUUCGAGCUACUGACGGUGGUGUGCCCAGUUUAUACUCAGUACCAGUCAGGCAAGGACUGUUUGCAGAUUUGCAAGUAACAGCUGAUCUCGUUGACGGUUACGGUAGGCCGCCACAGUUCGAAAAAUCGCUCUAUGAGGUACAGAUCGCCGAGGAUAGCGAGAUUGGCACUUGUUUGCUGAAGGGACCUUUCGCAGAUCAAAACAUUGGUGAAAAAUGA